AUGGAGUACACGCCGCCCCCCAAGCCACAGCUCUCCUCCCGGGCCAACGCCUUCUCCAUCGCCGCCCUCAUGUCGAGCGGCGGCUCUAAGGAUAAGGAGUCCCCCGAGAGCACCAUCAAGCCUCUGGAACAAUUCGUUGAGAAAUCCUCCUGCGCUCAGCCUUUGAGUGAUUUAUCCAGCCUGGACCCUCACGGGGAUUUUAGCAGCAGCCCUUCUUCCCUGUGCACCGAGCCCCUCAUCCCCACCACCCCCAUCAUCCCCAGCGAGGAGAUGGCCAAAAUCUCCUGCAGCCUGGAGACCAAAGAGCUCUGGGACAAGUUUCAUGAACUGGGUACCGAGAUGAUCAUCACCAAAUCCGGGAGGAGAAUGUUUCCUACGAUCAGGGUUUCCUUCUCCGGAGUGGAUCCUGAGGCCAAGUAUAUUGUGUUAAUGGAUAUAGUUCCUGUGGACAAUAAAAGAUAUAGAUAUGCCUACCACAGGUCUUCCUGGUUAGUGGCUGGAAAAGCUGACCCUCUUCUCCCUGCAAGGUUGUAUGUGCACCCUGACUCCCCAUUCACAGGAGAGCAACUGCUGAAGCAGAUGGUGUCCUUUGAAAAAGUCAAACUCACCAACAACGAGUUGGAUCAGCAUGGCCAUAUCAUUUUGAACUCCAUGCACAAGUAUCAGCCAAGGGUCCACAUCAUUAAGAAGAAGGAUCACACAGCUUCCUUGCUAAAUCUGAAAUCAGAAGAGUUCCGAACAUUCAUCUUUCCAGAGACAGUUUUUACUGCUGUUACUGCUUACCAGAAUCAACUGAUAACCAAGCUGAAAAUUGACAGCAACCCUUUUGCUAAAGGAUUCCGUGACUCUUCCAGACUCACUGAUAUUGAGAGAGAAAGUGUGGAGAGCCUUAUCCAAAAGCAUUCUUAUGCCCGAUCCCCCAUUCGGACCUAUGGAGGAGAAGAUGAUCUUGGAGAUGACAGCCAAGCAACACAAAGCAGAGGGUCAGCUUUUACAACAUCUGAUAACCUGUCCCUCAGUUCCUGGGUUUCCUCUUCAACCAGUUUCCCAGGAUUUCAGCAUCCACAGUCUUUGAGUGCCCUGGGUACCAGCACUGCAUCCAUAGCUACACCCAUUCCUCAUCCAAUCCAAGGAUCUCUGCCUCCAUACAGCCGCCUGGGAAUGCCUCUUACAUCCUCUGCUAUAGCCAGCUCCAUGCAAGGUAGUGGCCCCACUUUCCCAUCCUUCCACAUGCCAAGAUACCACCAUUAUUUCCAGCAGGGUCCUUAUGCAGCUAUCCAAGGACUGCGUCACUCUUCUGCAGUGAUGACACCAUUUGUAUGA